AUGUUGGAAGGUGAAAAUAAACUUAUUGGACUUGCUCUCGCUUCAAUAACAUUUGGUUUUGCAAUAUGUGCCACCAUAAUAUCAUUAAUAGUUUCAACAACUCUGAUUUAUAAUUGGUAUCAUGCUCGUAUAAAACAAGAUGAGAAAAUAACAAUUUAUCUUUGUAUUCAUAUCUAUUUAUCGAUAUUUAUAUCGACAUCAAUGACAUCAGCAGCGAGUAUUCAAACAUUGUUAGGUGAUUUACUAGGUCAAUCAUUUGAUUCACCAUGGUGUAUAUUUUCAGGAUAUUUUGCUUUACUCCAAGUUUCCAUGAUGUAUGUGUCAUUCAUCAAUCAGGCAUUCUAUCGCUUAGUACGAAUUGUUUAUCCUCAAAGCCAAUGUUUUCGUUCAAUAAAAUUCUAUAUCGUUCUCACUAUAGUUGAAUAUAUAUGCACAAUUGGUAUUCAAUGUGUUAUUAUACCUUGGAAUGGAAUUAUCUAUUUAACUAACGAUUAUUUUUGUUAUGUUUCAUUUGCAAACAUACGCGCGCUCGUCUGGACAGCAAUUUUUGCGUAUCAAGUUCCGUGUGCAUGCACAUUAAUGAUUUACAUACGAAUAACAAUGUUUCUUCGAAAUCAAGCAAAUAAUUUAACAGUGGCGACUCGUCAAAGACAACGUCGAGAUUUUCUGAUUGUUCAACGAAUUUUAAUCAUAAUGACUUUGUUGAUUACUUUAGGAAUACCACCUAUGUUCUUUAUUUUGAGAUUUGCGGUGACAGGUGAUUAUCAUCCUUUGACACUUCGUGUUUCAUGUUUACCAGCUGCAAUCUCAAUGGCAACGGAAGCGGUUUGUGUAAAUUAUUUGCAAGAACAGUCGGCAAAAAAUUCUUACUGUCAGGUUAAAAUAGUCAAACCUGAUUAUUUCAAACCAGAGCAUCAAGAUGAAUUUCUUCGCCUUCGUGCUCAAUGUCGGGAUUUGAUCAAUAAAACACGUGGGUUUUGUGAUAAAGCCAUUCCACCUCUCGAAUACGCAAUAGCACAAUAUAGUUCAUCAAAUCCAGUUAAUGUGAAGGAUCUGGCUGAAAAAGUUCUUUCUCUAGUCAAUCCAAAAGAUGUUCUCGAACAAUGUGAAAAAGUUGAAAAUGCAAUAAUUACAUUCAAUGAGCGUCUUCAAUUGGAUGAAUUCUACAAAAAGACAGAAGUCAAGUCUUUUCUUUGCGUUGUCUCUGGACUUGCUCUUGGUAUCACAUGUUUAAUCGGUUUAUUCUACGCUCCUGCAUGCAUAGUCGCUGAGAUUGCUGUAGCCAGCUCGGACUCUAGUAUUAUGCUGUUAGCCAUUGAUUUAUUCUGUUCUGGAUUUGAUCGAAGAAGAGUGGUACAUGAUUUCGAACAAUAUAAACAAAGUAUGAAUCAAGCUGCCGAUUAUGUCACUAAAUUAAAGAAGGAGCUCUCCGAUUGUACUCAAAAGCAUGGUCGCCUCGACGCUCGUCUCAGCAUGAAAGAUGUUCAUGAUCUCAAACCAAUCUAUGAGAAUCUUUUAACGAACAUGAAUACAAUCCGAGAUUUAUGUUUAAAACCGUUUCCAGGUAUCUGA